AGGGAAAGGGAGGAAACGAGAGAGAGGAGAAUCCAUCGGGAGAGGGAACGGGAGCUGGAGGGCUCCGAGCGCCGAACACGGGAACGGGAGGAAGAAGUGACCGCGAUCAGGCAGAGAGAGGCGCGGGAGAGACGGGAGCGGGAAAUUCGUGAGAUUGAAGAUGACAGAAGGAGAGAACGAGAUUUUGAAAGGACACGGGAGACCUCGGUGGCUGCUGCAGCUGAAGCCGAUGUGAAAAUCCGCAGAGAGAUCCGAGAACGGGAACCGCGUGAGGAGCUGAGGAGGAGAGAACGACCCCGUGUUUUUGAAGAAGAAGAGAGAGCAAUUUCCCGGGAAAGAGACCGGGAAGAGACCGUGAGGGAGAGAAGAAUCGAUCGGGAACGGGAACGGGAUCUGGAGGGCUCUGAGCGCCGGACACGGGAACGGGCGGAAGAAGUGACCGCGAUCGGGCAGAGAGAGGCGCGGGAGAGACGGGAAAUUCGGGAAAUUCGUGAACUCGAAGAAGAUGGAAGGAGAGAACGAGAAUCAGUGAGAUACGAAAGAGACAGAGAGACCUCGGUGGCUGCAGCUGAAGCCGAUGUGAAAAUCCGCAGAGAGAUCCGGGAACGGGAACCGCGAGAGGAGCUGAGGAGGAGAGAACGACCCCGUGUUUUUGAAGAAGAAGAGAGGAGRAUUCUCCAGGGCAGAGAGAGGGAAGAGACCGUGAGGGAGAGAAGAAUCGAUCUGGAACGGGAGCGGGAUCUGGAGGGCUCUGAGCGCCGGAACCGCCGGACACGGGAACGGGAGGAAGAAGAGGCCGCCGUCAACCAGAGAGAGGCGCGGGAGAGACGGGAAAUUCGGGAAAUUCGUGAAAUUGAGGCCGAUGGCAGGAGAGAACGAGAUUUACUGAGCUAUGAACGCAGAAGAGAGACCUCGGUGGCUGCAGCAGCUGAAGCCGAUGUGAAAAUCCGCAGAGAGAUCCGGGAACGGGAACCGCGCGAGGAGCUGAGGAGGAGAGAACGGGAACGGGAGCGGGAGGAGGAAGAGAGAGAAAUUUCCCGGGAAAGAGACCGGGAAGAGACCGUGAGGGAGAGAAGAAUCGAUCGGGAACGGGAUCGGGACCUGGAGGGCUCUGAGCGCCGGAGGCGGGAACGGGAGGAGGAAGAAGUGGUCACCAUCCGGGAGAGAGAGGCACGGGAGAGACGGGAGCGGGAAAUUCGUGAAAUGGAAGCCGAUGGAAGAAGAGAACGAGAAUCAGUGAGGUACGAAAGGGACAGAGAGACCUCGGUGGCUGCAGCAGCUGAAGCCGAUGUGAAAAUCCGCAGAGAAAUCCGGGAGCGGGAACCGCGUGAGGAGCUGAGGAGGAGGGAAAGACCCCGUGUUUUUGAAGAAGAAGAGAGAGAAAUUUCCAGAGUCAGAGAGAGGGAAGAGACCGUGAGGGAGAGGAGAAUCGAUCGGGAACGGGAGCGGGACCUGGAGGGCUCCGAGCGCCGGAGGCGGGAACGGGAGGAAGAAGUGACCGCGAUCCGGCAGAGAGAGGCACGGGAGAGACGGGAGCGGGAAAUUCGUGACAUUGAAGAUGAUGGAAGGAGAGAACGAGAUUAUGAGAGGACACGGGAGACCUCGGUGGCUGCUGCAGCUGAAGCCGAUGUGAAAAUCCGCAGAGAGAUCCGGGAACGGGAACCGCGAGAGGAGCUGAGGAGGAGCGAACGACCCCGGGAGCCUGAAGAAGAAGAGAGGAGGAUUCUCCAGGGCAGAGAGAGGGAGGAGAUUGUGAGGGAGAGAAGAAUCGAUCUGGAACGGGAGCGGGAUCUGGAGGGCUCUGAACCCCGGAGCCGCCGUGCACGGGAACGGGAGGAGGAAGAGGCCGCCAUCAACCAGAGAGAGGCAAGGGAGAGACGGGAAAUUCGGGAAAUUCGUGAAAUUGAGGCCGAUG